AUGACAGACGCUAUUCCAUAUGAGGAGCCUAGCAUCGUCAGUAUCUUGAUCCUGUCCUCUUUUAUCCUAAUCUUGAACAUUUUGGGCUCAGUCCUCGAUCAUGUCUUCUAUUGUGGCCUGGUCGGCCAAGUCCUCGUUGGCAUGGUCUGGGGCACACCAGGUGCAAAACUAUUGUCUCGGCAUGUCGAAGAAGCCGUGACACAGCUUGGAUACUUGGGCUUGAUCGCCAUCGUCUUUGAAGGUGGUCUUAGUACAUCUGCAAAGUCGGUGCGAUCAACAUUGUUCCUUUCAAUCUGUGUAGGAGCCACAGGUAUUAUGUUCCCCAUCGCGUUGUCCUUCUCCCUCAUCGGCAUGGCGAAUGCUACCAAUUUGCAAGCGUUUGCGGCUGGGUCAGCCCUUUGUUCAACCAGCCUGGGAACCACGCUCAGCCUUCUGAAGACGACCGGCUUGACCACGAGCCGCUUAGGGACUGUUUUGACCAGUGCCGCGAUGCUCGAUGAUGUGGUAGGCUUAAUCAUGGUUCAGGUAAUUUCUAAUUUGGGAUCUGGUCACGAAUCCAUCCAAGCGUCCACGAUAUUGCGACCGAUCUUUGUCUCUAUUGGGUUUGCCAUUGUCCUACCACUGGCUUGUACCUUUCUUGUCAACCCCAUUUUGAGGCACUGCUCCCGUAUCCAAGGACAGUUCACCUCGAUUGUUUCUGAAUCGCCUCUCUACUUCAUACUUUCAACAACAUUUGUGGUGGCUCUGGUCACGGCAGCUAGCUAUGCAGGCACGUCCACUCUUUUUGCCGCUUACAUUGCAGGUGCGGUUAUAUCCUGGCUUGAUGAAAUCGGCGUCCAGAACCAGACUUCCCGACAGAAGCGUCCCAAUCGGCCGACGGAAAGUGCUCGGCCAUCACAGCCAGUUGAAUCGAUCGCGGUGGGAAAUAGGAAUUCCCAGAGCCGCGAUUCUGUCACGUCUCGACUACCGACACCACCGCCAGAGAAGAACGAGGCAGUGCAUGAUGUAGCCCAUGGGCCAACUUCCACAUUGAGUCCAAAAGCCUCCGAGAGCCGCAGCAUACGCAUGUACAACGAAUACUACGCACCAGCAAUCGAAUAUAUCUUAAAACCAUUCUUCUUCGCUUCGAUCGGCUUUUCGAUCCCUCUCACGAAAAUGUUCCGUGGCGCCGUCGUGUGGCGAGGGUUCGCCUACUCAAUUCUCAUGGCGAUUGGAAAGCUCUCCUGCGGCAUCUGGCUCGUUCGCUUCGCACAGUCGCCUUCUCCUCCGGCAUCGACACCGACACCGACACCGACACCGACAGCAGCAAGAAAUCCGAAAGAGAAUAGGAAGCCCAAAUCGCCGCGCAAAUCCCUCCCCCGACCAAAACCCCUUUAUCCGGCCUCGAUACUUGGAUGUGCCAUGGUCGCCAGGGGCGAGAUUGGAUUCAUAAUCUCCGCUCUCGCGACAAGUAACGGGAUCUUCACAAACCAAGUCUCGUCCAACUCCAAUACCGGGAAUGGAAACGAAGAGAAAUCCACCAGCAUAUCGUCAGAUAUCUAUCUCAUCGCGACAUGGGCGAUCUUGCUGUGCACCGUCAUCGGCCCGCUUGUAUUGGGAUUCCUGGCCAAACGCGUCAAGAAGCUUCAGAGCGAACGGGCACAGAGUCGUAAUGCAGGGACAGAGGACCCUCUGGGAAUCUGGGGAGUCACUUGA